CCGCAUGCCAACUUAGACUGCGCGGCCCACCCCUGCGCUCACACCGAGCCUUGAGCCCUCCACCCACCAGCCCUUGAUCAACCUUCACAACACCCCCGCAGAUGGCUUCCACAACUUCUGGUCUCACACGCAGGCGAGGAGGGGCCACUGCUGGCGGUGCAGGCGCCGACAGUGAAGAUGCCAGCCGAGUGAGCUCGCCCGUGCCUAGGCGCAACGAAGAUCGAGCGCCGGAGACGUCGUAUGAGAACUCUGAGAAUGGACACAAGAUUGCGUUCGACCCGCGGGAUAUCAGCGAGAGCGCCGAGAGGAACAAGCAGCCGAAGUUGACCUUGAUGGAGGAGGUGCUUCUGAUGGGCUUGAAAGACAAGCAGGGCUAUCUCUCCUUUUGGAACGACAAUAUAUCGUAUGCGCUGCGAGGAUGUAUCGUCAUCGAACUGGCGUUCAGGGGGCGUGUGAGCAUGCAAAAGGAUUCAUCGCGGCGGCGCUUUCCCCUGGCAGACCGGGUCAUUGAGGUCGUUGAUGAUACUCUGACUGGCGAGGUUCUGCUUGACGAAGCACUCAAAAUGAUGAAGUCGAGCGAGAAGAUGAGCGUCAACUCGUGGAUUGAUCUUAUGAGCGGCGAGACCUGGAAUCUGAUGAAGAUUGGCUAUCAACUAAAGCAAGUCCGCGAACGACUCGCUAAAGGCCUCGUGGACAAGGGCAUCCUCCGCACCGAGAAGAAGAACUUCCUCUUAUUCGACAUGGCAACACAUCCUGUGGCAGACGGUGGAGCGAAGGACGAGAUAAGACGCAGGGUGAGGAACGUCCUCACAAGUCGGACUGUCGUGCUCCCGGCGAGCCAGUUCCUCCCUGAAGAAAUGGAGUUCCGAUACUUGCGAACGAUUGCUAUGGUCUGCGCGGCGUACGCGGCGAAUGUCCUCGAAAACGCGCUCUCAACACUUGGACACGAGGCACGAGAACGAGCCUUUGCCCAGGUUGACGAACUUCUCGCCGAAUACUCCCAAUGGCCCUUUGGCAAGCGAGCUGGAGGGUCUGCGGGAGUGGGUGCAAACUUGGGCCAGGUCAUCACUGACGAAAUCAACGCUGGCAAGGACAAGGAGCUGCAGCUUGAGGUCGUGGCUGCGUGCUUGAGCGUGUUUACAAGGCUUGACUCUUUGCUCUGAAAGUUAGCUGAGACGUUUCGACUAAUUCGUCUAGAGUAGUCGCCUUAACGGUGUGCCCGCUGAAGCUAUAAUGUAGCAAAGGUCUUGUGGAAGGACGCGCAAUUCCUAGGGAUGCUGCAAAGCUAUUUGGGAGAUCAGGGACAUAAACAGGUCACUGGGAUAUUGGGCUCGGUAUUCGCGAUUCGAACUUUCGGU